CCUUGCGCGCCCACCAGAAACAGAGACAGGCAGCGUAAUGGCGGCGCCUUCCUCUCCUCUGCUUCCAAUACGCUGUAUCUGUAUAAGACCCGGGCCACCUCCUGCUCGCGGUCAAUCCACAAACAAACCCAAAAGAAGAGAGGAGCCUGGUGAUUUCGUGUGGGGAAGAGCAAGCGAUGAGCCUGAGGUACAUGAGCCGUGUGGGCGCGCGGGCCGUGAGGGAGAGCACCGCCACGACCAGGUCGGCGAAGGACAGGGCGCAGUCGGCCUCGUCGUCGUCGAUGGCGAAGAGCAGGGCGCCGGCGCCCGGGUCGGUGGACUCGGGCAGGACGAGCGCCGCGGCGGCCGCGAGGAGGGAGGCGGAGGAGGAGAAGCGGAGGCGCGCGGAGCAGGCGCUGCGCACCGUCAUGUUCAUCUCCGUCUGGGGGCCCAACACUUAGAACUAGCAUCAGUAAGCUGCUGUGUGUGAUGUAUGGUGACUGGUGAGAACUAGAUGUAAAUAUGUGAAUCGUCUACACUCUAACAUGGAGUCAUGGACACAUCGAUACUGUUCAUUCAUUCUGGGCUCGUGCUUGUGCUGUUGAUCCAUUAAUAUUUUUCUCAUGCGCAUA